UUUUCACUGUACAAACCCUACACUUCUCUCUCAUACAACCAGCCGCCCAACACCCUUUUUCUUCUCUCUCAGCACCAUUUCGGACGGCUCUUUGUUGCCAUUCACGGCGGGCGAGAGCUGCCUCACGGAGUUUACCAUCGCCGCUCGUGCAAGACAUGGGUUGCGUUCGCUUAGGGGCUUGCGAUGUUGCCGUUCAUGGAGGACGAAGUUAGGCUCGGAGGUGGCUGGAAACGGAAUCGGGCUCGCGGAUUGCAUUAUCGCCGAUCGUGGAGGAGGGUGCUGGGCUCGUUGAGGUGAGGGUUAGGCUUGCGGAGGUGGCUGGAAACGGUGUUCCCAGAGUACAAAGAGGAAGGCGAUGCAGUGGUACUACGUAGCUGCGUUACUCACCGUUCUUACCAGCUCUCAGGGAAUAUUGACUACUCUUUCCCAAAGCAAUGGCAAGUACAUCUAUGACUAUGCAACUAUUCCAUUUCUUGCUGAAGUGUUCAAGCUAUUAGUCUCUAGUUUACUGCUAUGGAGAGAAUGCCGAGCAUUACCUUCUACACGAAUGACUACAGAUUGGAAAAGUGUGCGCUUAUAUCCUAUUCCUUCAAUCAUAUAUCUAAUUCACAAUAAUGUGCAGUUUGCUACUCUGGUUUAUGUUGAUACAUCAACAUAUCAGAUAAUGGGAAAUCUGAAGAUCGUCACUACUGGCAUCUUGUUCAGGCUAUUCCUAAAGAGGAAGCUCUCUAAUCUGCAGUGGAUGGCCAUCAUUCUAUUAGCUGUUGGAACAACCACAAGCCAGGUUAAAGGUUGUGGAGCAGCUUCAUGUGAUUCUAUGUUCUCAGCACCAAUCCAAGGAUAUAUGCUGGGCAUCCUAUCUGCUUGUCUUUCAGCAUUAGCUGGUGUUUACACAGAAUUUUUGAUGAAGAAAAACAAUGAUAGCUUGUACUGGCAGAAUGUACAAUUGUAUACGUUUGGGGCAAUUUUCAACAUGGCACGGCUUCUCGUGGAUGAUUUCAGGGGUGGAUUUGAGAACGGACCUUGGUGGCAGCGACUCUUCAAUGGAUACACCAUUACAACGUGGUUGGUGGUCUUAAAUCUUGGAUCAACGGGCUUGUUAGUUUCUUGGCUGAUGAAAUAUGCUGAUAACAUUGUUAAGGUCUAUUCAACAUCAAUGGCAAUGCUGCUGACAAUGGUUUUAUCUGUCUACCUUUUCAACUUCAAGCCCACCUUGCAGCUAUUCUUGGGAAUUGUUAUUUGUAUGAUGUCACUGCACAUGUAUUUUGCGCCCUCAAAUGUGCUUGUAGACAUACCAGUGACGGUUAAAGCUGCUCCUGAGAGUUUGAAAGAUGUUUCAGUUGAACGAAUAACAGAUUCAUGAUGCUUCUCUUAGUUAAAGAAACUAAUUUCUUUAUUUUUUUUAAUAAAAAACUACCCAAAAAGAAGUUGCAGCUAAAGGCAGUACCUGGAAUAUAUAAAGUUGGUAGCUGGCGGCAUUUACAGUAUAUGCAUCGAGAUACAUAUCCACUACUGGAAUCAGAAUUUUCUUCUUUGGAGUUGGUGGCUUCAGAACAUGGAAAAGAGAAGAAUUCAGCCCUGUUGGAGCUUCGAUGAAUCUUUUUUUUUAUCAUUAUUUUGUUUAUUAUGUACUUAGCAGUAUUAUAUGAUGAAUAUUCCUUUGAUAUGUGCUAAUAUACCCUUUAAAAUAGUAGCAUUGCCAAAUUAUUUGUUCACUCCUUUGUAAUGUACUAUUCCUAUAAAUUAAUAUGCUCACUCACUCCUGUUGAAGGUUCUUCAUUUUUGUAAUUUUAUCCAGAAUAUGGCAUAGUAAACUGAUUCUUCAUUCUCUA